AUGAACAGCGACCAAGCCGAGCGGCACCUAAGGACCCGCGCACAUCGCACGCAUAUAACGCCAACGACCAGGAUUUCCAUUGGAGCGCUCGCUGGAGCUGUGUCCAAGAAACCGAGCAACCAAGGCGAAGUGGACAAGCUCUUCCUCAAAUUGAAACUUUACGUUGCAAAUACCGAGGUUUUGAAGAACCACCAGUUUGCCAAGUGGUUCAGCGCAGUGGAGAAGGGGUAUUUGAAGGCCAAGAUGAGCUCCGAGCAGGCGAGCAUGGCUGUUGCGGCUACUCUGGCUACCAGAUACAGCGAUGAAAAGCUGGUGGAGAUGAUCGUGGCAGGAAAGAAAUUGGCUGAGGCGAAGGACGUCGCUACCAAACUGGAGGCUGCUCAGAUGAAGAACUGGCUGAACGACAAAGUAAGCGCAGAGAAGGCGUUCCAGAUUCUGAAACUUGACCAGGAGAAGUACACCGUCCUACAACGUCCACUACUGAAAAACUGGGUAAACUACAUGGAGAUGAAGAAGGAAGAUCCGUAUCAGUGGCUGUUCAAGAGACUACUGAAGCUGAAUGAUAGCAACGUCAUACUGGCGGGCUGGAUGCCCAGCACUGCUGGCGACAUUUUCAAGCGUCUAGAGCUGAAUGCACAAGACAAGGAUCGAAGGAGUUUUCCAGGGGACCGAAUGGGGGAGGCACUUGAGAAGGUUUGGCUGGGUGAGAAGAAGCCCGCGCGAGACGUUUUCACCGCGUUCAAACUCAACAAUCAAGGCGACAAGCUGUUUGAGAAUUCGAGGUUUGUUACCUGGGUCGCCUACGUGACGAAACUGGACGAGAAGAACGCAGACGAGUUGAUGCUGGCGGUACUGAAGGAAACUUUCAAGGAUGAAGCAGCUUUGACUCGGAUGCUGGCUGCAGCGAAGGACCACGAUAGCACUAAAACCACCGCUGCCAGCCUCGAGAAGGCUCAGUACAAGGACUGGCGUAGCAGUGGAGAAUCUGCAGAUGGUUUGUUCAAGCUUCUUAAGUUGGACGACGAGGUGGACGAUCUUCUGAGUAGCCCUGUGCUGAACAACUGGAUGGUAUACGUGGACGAUUUUAGGGAGGACUCGACCGUGUUAUUGCUAGCGAAGAUCAAGACGUCCAAACUCGCAAAAACGGACAACAAGCUCGCAGAAAUGAUCGCCAAAGCAGAACAACACGUGGAAACACGCUCGAUCGCUUCCAAGUUGGCGAGAGCGGAGAUCGAUAGCGGAUGA